AAUUCAUUCUUCCCUUACUUCUUAGCAAUAUCAUUGUGCGCCUUUUGCCAAAGCAGCACAAUGUAUUUCUUAGAACCCAUUUCCGAAAUACUCAAAUUUCUAUGGGUUCCCCUUAUUCAGCAGAUCGGGUACCUCAUAAACCUCCAGGAUAAUGUUGAGGAGAUGCGAAGACAAAAAGAAGAGCUUUGUGAGAGAAAGAAAGAUGUAAUGAUAGAGGUUGCGGCAGCUGAGAGAGAAGGAAUGACACCCACAAACCAGGUGCGCGAAUGGUUAAACAGAAGCGACAUUAUAGAAGCUGAAGUGGAUCAGUUGGACAAAAAUUAUAGAGAGAGAAAUGGGUGUUUAGGAGGACAUUUUCCAGCCUGCUACUCUAGACACAAAUUGGGUAGAGAAGUCGCAAAUAAGCUCAAAGACGUGGCAUCCCACAAGGACAAAGCAGCAUUUGAGAGGGUGGCCUUUAAUCCUCCACCCUUGAUGGUAGAGGAGAAACCUGUGGCAUCCAUUGCAGGCCAGACCACAACCAACAAAACGCUAAAUGAUAUCAUGAGCCUCUUUAGAGAAGAGGAAGUUGGUAUCAUUGGGAUCUAUGGAAUGGGGGGUGUGGGGAAAACAACUCUCAUCAAACAUGUAAACAAUCACCUCAUUGCAUCUCGUGAAUACAGUGCAAUAUUUUGGGUAACAGUAUCAAAAGAUUCAAACAUAGACAAAAUUAGGAAGGCUAUCAUGCGCCAAUUGGGUAUGAGGUUCUCAGGAGAUGAUGAUGAGGAACAAAUUGCAGAAAAAUUGUUCAAAAGAUUGAGGGAGCUUAAGUUCGUAGUCAUCCUAGAUGAUGUGUGGAAGAGCUUGGAUAUUGAUGCAAUAAGAAUUCCCAGGCCAAACAAAGAAAAUGGUAGCAAGAUUGUAUUUACCACCAGAUCUCUAGAAGUAUGUCACCAAAUGGAUGCUGAUAAAAGCGUCAAAGUGGAAGUUUUGCAGGAGGAGGAAGCGUGGACCUUGUUUCGUCAGAAAGCAGGAAAUGAGGUAGAAACUCCACCAAUAGAGUCAACUGCCAAGGAAGUUGUCAAGGAAUGUGGUGGUCUUCCACUUGCAUUAAUUACAGUCGGAAGGGCCAUGAGAGAGAAGAGGAGCAUCGAGGUAUGGCAAAAUGCAGCCAGAGCAUUGCGAGGAUCAUCACCAGAGAUCACAGGUAUGGAAUCCCAAGUGUUUCUACCUUUGCAAUACAGUUAUGACCAGUUAGGUGAUGAUGUCAAGCGUUGCUUCUUAUAUUCAUCAGUGUUUCCAGAGGACCACGCCAUUUUGAAGGAUUUUUUAGUAGAGUAUUGGAUAUUUGAAGAACUAAUAGGUGGAGUUGACAAUAUAGCAGAUGCUAGAAACAAAGGAAAUGCAAUAAUUCAGAGCCUCAUAGAUUCAUGAAUGAUGGAGAAUAGUUGGAAAACUAAUGAAGUGAUGUUGCAUGACCUUGUUCGUGAUCUAGCAAUAUGGGUUGCUUCUUCUUCAACGAGACUAGUUGGUAAGAUUUUUACGAAAGCCGGUGCAGGGCUGAAAGACGCACCAAGAGAGGAAUUGUGGAGAGACAUUGAAAGGAUGUCAUUAAUGAGGUAUAGAAUAGAGAGACUUCCAAAUAGGCCCAAUUGUCCAAGUCUACUGACAUUGUUGCUCCAAGAAAACAUUACCCUGAAGAAGAUCUCAUGUGAAUUCUUCGAAUGCAUGGGAAACCUCAGGGUUCUUGAUCUAAGUCGAACUCAGAUUUCCUCAUUACCACAAUCCUUGACAAACUUGAAGAACCUCCACGCCCUCCUUCUGAGAGAAUGUCGAAAACUAGUAGAGCUACCAGCAAUGGGGCAACUCAAACCACUCCAAUUAUUAGAUUUGUAUUUUACCCCCAUCAAAAAACUUCCUGAAGCGAUGGAGGACUUGGCUAAUUUGAAACGCUUAAGGCUAGCCAAAACUAAUGAUCUUCAAACUGUUCAACCUGGAAUAAUAUCAAGACUAACUUCUCUGGAGGAAUUGAACAUGUUUGAAAGCUGCGGAAAUUGGGGAGUCAAAGGGUCAAAAGAGGGGAACGAAGUUGAUAUCGAGGAGUUAAGGAGCUUAACACAGCUGAACUCACUUGGGAUCACAGUCACAAGCAUUGGAGUUGUAUCAAAACUCAGUGUUGGAAAACUCACAACAUGUACAAGAGAAUUAUGCAUAAAAAAUUGCAAGGAUUUCAUUGAUGUUACACUAGUAAACAAAAUGAGCUUGAAAGGGCUGGCUAUCAAAGGCUGCCAGGAAUUAGAGAGGUUUAUGGUUGGAGAAGAUCUGAAAGGGGUUGCAGCAUUUCCAAGAAGUGUGUUCUCAUCAGAAAUACGGCAACAACUCCAAAUGCUUGAGGUCAUCAAUAUAUCACAGUGCAACGGAGUUGUACAAGUAAUUAGUGGCCUAGUGACAGAAGAGUUUUGCCUACCGAGAUUACAAACUAUAAUUCUUCGUGCCCUGCCGUUGUUAAUAAAUGUUUGUCAAAGUGCCAUAGCUGGGGCUUCCACGCAGGUGAUUAUCGUAAGGAGAUGCUUCAAGCUGAAAAAGCUUCCACUUGGAGCCUGCCAUGCAAGAUCACUAAAGAGAAUUGAAUGGUGGGAGGAAUUGGAAUGGGAAGACGAUGCAAUCAAGUCCGAUUUACAACCUUUCUUAUUUUGAUUUUGAGUUCAAAUAAAAAACAAGAGAAAGAGCAUAUUGGAAGGAGGCAAUGUGUGCAAUGAUUAUCAACUUGCGAAAUAGAAGACAAACAGAAUAUAUGGUGACAAUAAAAAAGGCUAGCAUGGAGGCUCAGGCCUACAAAUCAUUUUCUGUUUUCUUUGAUUGUUCUUUUUCAGCCCUCAAAAUGAGUUUGACUCCUUCCAAAAGAAACGAGGAUCCUAAUUGAAGGGGAAGAUGGCACAUGCCCUAAUUAUCAUUCCUAUCACUCCUUUACGUUUAUUUCCUCUCUAACAUGCUCAUUGUUUCUUUCUGCUAAUUAUCAUAGAGAAUAUAAAAUGCUUAUGUUGUAGAUUCAUGGAAAAAACAAACAAGUAUCCUACCAUUCAUCUCCUAUGCAGCAGGUACCAAUGCUAUUAGUUUCGAUUCAUUUGGUCAAACAGGUGUUACUCAUGAAGAAGAAAAAAGGAAGCAUUAAAAUGCCAUAAAUUUGACAUGAAAAAUCACGGAUGAUGGCUCCAACCGGGAGAAAGAAAACUGAAUUCCACAAGAAAGAUCUUGUGACAAGGCUACUUUCACGAGCGUACUCUGGAACUCUACAGUGAAGCAAUCAAAGUGUCCACUUAUGGUCAAGUUACUUGUUGCUGAUCCUUGAGAUGGGCUUCAUACUGGUGUAUCUCUCAUUUUGGUCCUCAUAGCAUGUUCAUUUCUUUUUUUGGUUUUCUUUUCCUUUUUCUUUUUUUUUUUUUGGGAG